CCUGUACUAUGUCCGCAGUCUCUGGUCAUCUCCUGUACUAUGUCUGUAGUCUCUGUUCAUCUCCUGUACUAUUUCCGCAGUCUCUGGUCAUCUCCUGUAGUACAUCCGCAGUCUCUGGUCAUCUCCUGUACUAUGUCUGCAGUCUCUGGUCAUCUCCUGUAGUACGUCCACAUUCUCUGGUCAUCUCCUGUACUGUGUCCGCAGUCUCUGGUCAUCUCCUGUACUAUGUCUGCAGUCUCUGGUCAUCUCCUGUACUAUGUCUGCAGUCUCUGGUCAUCUCCUGUAUAUGUCUGCAGUCUCUGGUCAUCUCCUGUACUAUGUCCGCAGUCUCUGGUCAUCUCCUGUAGUACAUCCGCAGUCUCUGUUCAUCUCCUGUACUAUUUCCGCAGUCUCUGGUCAUCUCCUGUACUAUGUCUGCAGUCUCUGGUCAUCUCCUGUACUAUGUCUGCAGUCUCUAGUCAUCUCCU